AUGUCAGCUAACCAAGACCACGCGUCGCUCGUUAAUCAGCCAUCAUUGUCAUCUUCUCCAUCCUUUAAUAAAAUCAAUAAUAAACGCUCAAAGCGUACAUCUAUUUAUUCUUCUAUCCCUACAUCUUCUUCUCUUGAGCGGCUGACCCCAGGACCUCCUCCUCUUCCUCCUCCGGGACUCGAGGGUGUUCCAACUGCUCCAGCUGCUUUGCUCAAGAAAAAACAUCAUCACUACAACUAUUAUACUAAUAAUAAUUAUAACAAUAAUAAUAAUAAUAACAACAACAAUAACAACCCCCAUCAUCAUUAUCAUCAUCAUCAUCAUAGCAUUUCCUCUUCAUCUUCUUCUGAUUUUUUUGAUGAGUCUGGGUUUCAGCAAAAGUUUCGUAACCAAAACAUACGCUACUCUUACAAGCCCCGAUACCGUAAUAAUGCUGCCAAUAAUAAUAAUAUUAACAAUGGAAAUAACAACAAUAAUAAUGGCAACUAUAAGAAAAUUAAUAACCACCAUCUGCAUCACUACCAUUAUAAUAAACCACUCGACCUUGAAGACAAUGACUACAACCAAGUCGAAGAUGUUGCAGUUAACCAAGACUCCUUUGCUCUUUCUUCAACAAGCUUAACAUCCCAGAAUGACGCCCUGAUACCCGCGCCAUCAUCCUGCGAAAUGGAUGACGAGCCAUUGCAUGUAAUCGUGGGCACAUCUGCUAACAAUGAGCUUAACUCUAAUACUGCAGAAACAGAAACAGCAACAGCAACAGCAACAACAACAAUAACAACAACAGCACCAUCAACCAGCAAUAUUUCAAACCGUAUCUCAAAUCCAUCUGAUACUAUCUCCCUUAAUAAUGAAUCGGAAGACGUUUUUCGUCAACCUAGAUUUCGUGACAGCCGUAGAUCAACAACAAGUACUACUCGCGUUAACGGAAACUAUAAAAACAAGUAUUAUCGCAACAAACAAAACGGGUCUUACAAGCAAGAGCAGGCAACAAUAACCACCACUACUAUUACAACUGAAAUCACCCAACCUGAACUGUCUCCACCUUCUCCAUUCUCCAUUUCGCCAUCACCUUCUCGGUCUCCUGACCUUUAUGUUUCUGGUGAUGAGCAGAUGGACACAGUUUUCCUGGAUUCAAAAACUUCAUCGUUUUCCUCCUCAUGCCAAAAAAACCAAGGCUCUUUUACUACUGAAACACAACAACAACAACAACAACAACAGCGACUUUCACGUAGUCAAGCUUCCAUCAAGAGUUCUCGAGAACGUGAUUUAUCAACAACUCCACCGCCACCUAAAUCUUUGACUGAAGACUCUAAAGAUACCAAACUUUCUGGCUCUACUGCAACUACACUUGUUUUGGAAAAGGCCGCGGCGACAGUUUCAAACACUUUACUCACUGACAAUAAGAGACGCCUUAACAGCAACAACAAUAAGCCUAAGCAAAAACAAAAUACUAAAACAAAUAGACCUGGUGGCGCCGUCAUUGUUGACUCUUCGUCCUUUUCACGUAGACAUACAACAAAAGCUCCAGCAAACAAUAGACACAGCAGCUACCAUCCUGGAAGUGGCAAUAACAGUAGUAGUAGUAGCAGCAGUACUGGUAACACUGAUAAUAUCAGCAACGGUAGCAUAUCUUCAUCAACAACUGUACAUGGUCAUGCUCAUCGUUUCUCUUUGUCUUAUAUUGAUUCUCCGGCUGGAGCUCCAGAGUACCCUGACGAUGGAACUACUUAUUAUCCUGUUCCAGGGCCUGGCCCCCUUGAUUACCUUGCGGGAUACGGCGCGUGGCCAACUGGUGCUCCAGUCCCUCCACCCCCAGGCUUGGCCAUGAUGCCUCCUCCUCCAAUGUCGGGUCACCAAUAUGUGGGCGGGCCUACAGGUCCUGCAUCAGGUCAACCACACCCCCACGCACCACCCCCACCACCACAUCAUCUUCAGAGCCAGGUCCCGCCUCCUCAUCUUGCAGGUGGCCCUGGUCCUAUGCCUCCAAUGGGCUUCCCUGAAGACGGUGGCGAAUACAUGUAUGCAGCAGCUGCUGCAUUUUAUGGUAUGAUGGCCCCUCCACCACCACCACCUCCUCACCAGUUACCCAUGAACCCUCUCAAUCAUAUGGGUGGGCAUCCUCAAUUCCCAGUUGUGCCUGUGCCCAUGUACUUUGGCUAUGAUGAAGAUGCAGAUGACGAUUUUGAAGGUAUUAAGGAUCGUGAAGGUGUUAUUAAUGCUGAAGAUGAUACCGUGGCUGCUACGAUUUCGGAAAAGCCCGAGAGCGCUACUACCGAAGUGGGUUUAGAUGGCGAUGAAAUUUCGGGUAAUGAAAUGUAUGCACAUUUACAACCACCACCACAACAGCUCCCACAUAUGAAUCAUAUUGCCCAUCAUCCAUCGCACAUGUUUGGACCACCACCUGGGGCUCUCAUGGGGCCACCACCACCUAUGCAUCACCAUCAUCCUCACCACCCCCACCAUCCACCUCCUCUUCCUCACCAUAUGCCCAUGUUUUUUGGUGGACUCGGUCCCACACCUCCACAACAACAACAACAACAGCAAGAGGGAAUUGAAGAAAAUGGAGAGAGCGAAGCUGUUCAAAUGCCUUCUCAAGGGUUUUACUAA